AUAUAUACAUUCAUUCUCAAAUCUUUUUAGUUUGUCAAUUCUCUCUUUUUUUUUUCUUCAUCUUUUUUUUGUUCUCAGUUGCUUCAUUCAUAAGGAACAAAAACGAUAUCUCUCUCUGUAAUCGUAGGAGAUGAAGAACGGAUGUGGAAGUGGAAGUGAGUCUUGUUUAUCGUCAAUGGAGGAGGAGCUUCAUGUUUUAGCAGUAGAUGAUAAUCUAAUUGACCGUAAACUCCUUGAGAGAAUCCUCAAGAUCUCUUCAUGCAAAGUGACAACAGCAGAAAAUGGGCUUAGAGCAUUGGAGUACUUAGGCUUGGGAGAUCCACAACAGACCAAUGUAAUGAAGGUGAAUCUUAUCAUCACUGAUUAUUGUAUGCCAGGAAUGACAGGUUUUGAGCUUCUUAAGAAAGUGAAGCAGGAAUCAUCGAAUCUAAAGGAAGUACCUGUUGUGAUAUUGUCUUCAGAGAACAUUCCUACUCGCAUCAACAAAUGCUUAGCUAGCGGUGCGCAGAUGUUUAUGCAGAAGCCACUGAAAUUAUCUGAUGUUGAGAAAUUGAAAUGUCAUCUUUUAAACUGCAGAAGCUGAAGAUCUGCUUAGAUGUAAAAGCUCAGUGUUUAAAAAUCUUGAUGUAUGUUCCUCUCGAAGUGCAAAUUGAUUCUUCCCAAUACAAUCUUGCUUACCACAAGAAAUGUUCUUUUUGGUCUGAUUGUAAGAAAUCUUAAACCACGAGAAAUAUAGAAUUCAAAAUGGG